UGCCACGUUGUGAUGUCCGCUUGCACAGCCUGUCAUAAAUCUACCAACGAUCAGCGUAAAAGCAAUAGUUUGCAUUCGCUAGCUUUUGCAUGCUGCAAGUUUGAACAGUUAAGUUUGGUAAUAGUGUUUUUAUGUUUUGAAUGGCAUAUCGUGGAAUUCAAAAAACGUUUUGUGCGGCAUUUCAGCCGUGCCUUUUAUUCUGUUGAGCGUGUUGCCACGAGAUAAUUAGAGCUUGUUAAUAGCCAAAAGUUGUGACAAUGAGCUCAGAGAAAGAAGAUGGGCCACCUCUUAAGAGGUACCGUCGAGAGGAGUCUGCCAGUAGCGACUCCGACAUCGACGACUACAAGCCGUACGUGCCGGUGCGGGAGAGGAAGAAGGAGCGACUGGGACGUCUGUCCCGGGUCCUACAGUUGCAGGACGAGGACCGGCGCAGCGGCCGCUCCAGCGAGGCAGAGCGCGACUCGGACGCCGGAUCGGCGCAGGAGAAGGAGAAGGAGUCCUCCCAGCAAGAGGACAGUCAGAAGGAGGAUGAGGAGGAGGAAGAGGACAUCCAGGCCGCCGCCAGGAAGGCCAACAUCUCGCUGCUCGACCAACACACGGAGCUGAAAAAGAAGGCCGAAGCCAAGAAGGAGAGCAUCAUUGAGAAACAGCUGAAGGAGGAGCAGAAGCUGCUGGAGAGCGUGGCGGAGAAGAGGGCGCUGAUGGCCGCCGCCGAGCUGGCCCAGGGCGUCGAGUACACCGAGCCCAUCAAAACCAGCUGGCGCGCGCCGUCGGCCAUCUGUGAAAUGCCCGAGGCGCGCCACGCCCGCGUGCGCCGCCGCCACCACAUUCUGGUCGACGGAGAGCACGUCCCGCCGCCGCUGAAGACGUUCGAACAGAUGAAGUUCCCGCCGGCCAUCGUCAAGAUGCUGCACAAGAAGAACAUCCUGAAGCCGUCUCCGAUCCAGAUCCAGGGCCUGCCGGCUGUGCUCUCUGGCCGCGAUAUUAUCGGUAUCGCCACGACUGGCAGCGGCAAGACGAUGGUGUUUGUCCUGCCGCUGGUCAUGUUCUGCCUGGAGCAGGAGAAGCGACUGCCGUUCAUGAGCGACGAGGGACCGUAUGGCAUGAUCAUCUGUCCGUCUCGGGAGCUGGCCAAACAGAUCAAGGAGAACGUGGACGGGCUUUGCCACGCGCUGCACCUGGCCGGUUUUCCCGAGCUGCGCUCCUGUCUGGCCAUCGGAGGUGUCAACGUCACGGAGGCCCUGAGCGUCAUCAGAAGGGGAGUACACGUUCUGGUGGCCACACCGGGUCGGCUCAUGGACAUGCUGAACAAGAAGAUGGUCAAGCUGGACGUAUGCCGCUACCUCUGCAUCGACGAGGCCGACAGGAUGGUGGACAUGGGCUUCGAGGAGGACAUCCGAAACAUCUUCUCCUACUUCAAGGCCCAGAGGCAAACACUGCUGUUCUCCGCUACAAUGCCCAAGAAGAUCCAGAACUUUGCCCGCUCGGCGCUGGUGAAACCCAUCACCAUCAACGUGGGUCGCGCGGGAGCGGCUUCGAUGAACGUUACGCAGGAGGUAGAGUACGUGAAGCCGGAGGCGCGCGUGGUCUACAUCCUCGAGUGUCUGAAGAAGACGCCGCCGCCGGUGCUGAUCUUUGCCGAGAAGAAGCAGGACGUGGACGCUAUUCAGGAGUACCUGCUGCUCAAGGGCGUUCAGGCUGUGGCCACGCACGGUGGAAAGGACCAGGAGGAGCGGUCCCGCGCCGUCGAGGAUUUCCGCAGCGGUAACAAAGACGUCAUGGUGGCCACAGACGUGGCCUCCAAGGGCCUCGACUUCAACCAGAUCCAGCACGUCAUCAACUUCGACAUGCCAGACGACAUUGAAAACUACGUGCACCGUAUCGGUCGUACAGGCCGCUCCAAGAACCGGGGCGUGGCCACCACAUUCGUCAGCAAGGCUAACGACGAGUCGGUGCUGCUCGACCUGAAACAUCUGCUCAUCGAGGCCAAGCAGAAGGUGCCGCCGUUCCUGGCGGCGCUGUCGUCAGAGGCCGAACAGUACCUGCAGCUCGGAGACGAUAAGGGCUGCAGCUACUGCGGCGGCCUGGGUCACCGCAUCACCAACUGUCCCCGGCUGGAGGCCGUGCAGAACAAACAGGCCUCCAACAUCGGCAGGAAGGACUACCUGGCCAACACCGCGGCGGACUACUAGAGACGGCCGGUGGGAGUCGUGGGGGACUAUUGAGUGUAGAGUUUGGGGGACUAGCGAAAUCCGAGACUGGGGGAAUAGCGAAAUCGGAGUCUGGUUUACGGCAGAGCUUCCGACAUGGUGGACUGCUGGUCCCAUUUCUGCAGUUGUUAGGAUCGCGCUCUGUGGUUUGGUGAAGCCAGCUGGAACCAUAUUCCGGUCGGUCUGUGGCUGGUUUUCCGCUUUUUUUUUGUCGGAGGUGCGCACUGACCUCGACUUGGUGCUGUGACUAGGGGGUGUUUAGCUCAUACAUCAUCAACAUCACUGUUCCUCUGGACGUCUGGCCGCGACUGCUUGUGAGGGGUGGCGAAAGAGGUCGCUCCUGUAGCUGUGCUUACUGAAGAGCGCCGUCCCAACUCCGUAUGAACCAACUACCAGUUGCUUACCAAUGUCAUUGUCGUGGCAUGUAAUAUGUGACGUAUUUGUAUGUCAAGUGUUUUAUAUUGUCUGUGAUGAACAUACCAGCACAAUAAGUGUUCCUCAAAGAUGUAAAGACUGGCUGUCUGGCUGGUGCGUCAUUGUAUUUUCAUAAUGUGUUGUCCAUGUAUAGUGAACUGUUUUUUUUUCAAUGAUGCAUCAUACGUGAAGCUGUUUUGCGACUUGUGUGCACAUGCGUGUUUUCUGUGUAAAAUGGAACAUUGAUGGAUUAAAUGGCAUUGAUAGGAUUCGUCUCAUUUUGUACGCACACAUGUGAUCAGGCAAACAUGCGUUCAUAUCUCGAAUAUAUUUCGAAAUGAA